GAACUGAAAUUCCUGUAAAUAAACAUGGCUGGCGAUGCUUGGUUAAAGCAGUAUGAGUCCUGCUCGCGGCACGGGCAGGAGUUGAUGGAAAUGGUCAAUGAGAAGAAGGUCCAAGAGCGGCAAGGAGCAAACACUGCAAAGAUCAGCAGCCAGAUCAGAAAUGGAAUCAAACAGUUUUCCCAAGAUUUCAACAAAUUACGACAGGACCUGAUCAGAACAGCAAACUACAUAAGUUCGAGGGAGUCUGAGAUACGACAAGCAAUGCUAGACAAACUGGCGACACAGGAGAAGAGGCUGCAGCAGGCCAUGAGUAAUGACGGACCAGGCAGUGGAAGAGCUGGGUUAUUAGGCCCAGCCCAAUAUGGUGGUGCAUCUGGCUUGAGCCACGACCCGUGGCAGGAUAACACGGCCAAUGAUAUGUCUAUUGGUGAGAUCAGAGAUCAACAACAGACAAUGAUAAAAGAACAAGACGAUGGACUGGAUGCCUUGCACCAAGUUGUCCUGAGACAAAAAAUGAUGGCAAGCGAUAUAGGAAAUGAGUUAGAUGUCCAUAAUGAUCUUAUUGAUGACAUCACAGACCACACGGACCGCACCAAUGAGCGCUUAAUAAAGGAGACCAGACACAUAAAGAUUGUUGACAAAAAGUCAAAUACAUGUUGCUAUUGGGUUGUUGCGAUUCUCCUGUUCAUCGCCAUCGUUGUCAUCGCUGUUGUGCCAUACAAUGGUAAAGCGUAGCAGAAGGUGCUAACACAGCUGAAAGAAGGGACUUGAAAGCAAAUGGUAACCAUGUGUCAUAAUCCAGCAUGUAAAACUCAUUUCCUAAAUGCAAAUCUGAUUAUCAGGAGAAUGGACAAAAGCAGACAAUCGGGAAUUGUGAAAUCGUUAUCUUAAGUGAGCUGAUUUUAUAUAACCUGGUCCAACUCUUGGUUGGUUAACGAACCAAUCACCAAUAAUCAGUGUAACAGGGUUGGACUGUACUUUCAGUGAUUUGUUCCUGUAACUUCCAGAAUUCCAUAAUCAAUGAGAAGUGUCAAACACAAUUUGAACCAACUUUAAGCAUGUCUCUUAUGUCUCCUUACCAGAGGUACAGAUGCUUUGAUGUAAUGAUGAAGGUGUCUGAUUCAGUAAAGCUGAACUGUUUGUAAUAUGCAUGUUUUCCUGAGCAAAUUGAUAAUAGCCCGAGAUGAAGAUUAUUUUGUAAAUAAAUCUUGAGCAAUCAAUGUAAAAUAAAUGUACAUUAAAGAUGAAGUGGCAUAGUGUCACAUUUCGAA